CUGCACUUUCUGCUGAGGUGAAGGGGUCCUGAUGGGCGUCUUACUGGACUGGGCCGGCCAGGAAGAAUAGGACACGCUGCAUGUGUGACCGCUCUGGGGGCAUUGCCAAAAACUCCCAGAUGCUCUGACUGACUUCAUUCCUCCUUGGAGCUGGGAAGCGACUCCUUCCACUGCUAUGUGUGUGAGAAGAAAGGCGUCCAUGUGGAGCUGCUGGGCUGGAGAAGUGUCAGGCUGAGUGACUCACCUAAACUGGGGUGGGGGUGGGGUGAGAGGUCCUGCAGAUGGACAGCAGCACACCGACCACAGGACUGCACAUGGCUGUAUGCUGGACUGACCGCUGAGCUGGCGCUGGAUGGGGCAGGGGGUCUGCAUUACCAUGUUGGGGGCACUGGCUGCCUUCUCUAUGCUGAGCAUCAUGACCUAUGGCUACCUGUCCUGGGAGAAUGGGGACCCCAGCUUAGAACAAAGAGAGGCCCUGCACCUACAUCUGGAUGAGGAGAUUGGACACCAGCCUCACAUCAUAUUCAUUCUGGCUGAUGAUCAAGGGUACAGAGAUAUUGGCUACCAUGGCUCUGAGAUCAGGACACCCACCCUGGAUAAACUAGCAUCUGAUGGAGUCAAACUGGAGAACUACUAUGUGCAGCCCAUCUGCUCACCAUCAAGGAGUCAGUUCAUCACUGGGAGGUAUCAGAUACACACAGGACUUCAACAUUCGAUAAUAAGACCAUCACAGCCAAACUGUUUGCCACUGGACAAUCUGACAUUACCACAGAAACUAAAGAGCAUCGGUUAUGCAACACACAUGGUUGGAAAAUGGCACCUGGGGUUUUAUCGCAAGGAAUGCAUGCCAACACACAGAGGCUUUGAUUCUUUCUUUGGAUCGCUAUUGGGAAGUGGUGAUUACUAUAACCAUUAUAAAUGUGACAGUCCAGGAACAUGUGGAUAUGACUUGUAUGAAAAUGAUAAUGCAGCAUGGGAACAUGACCGUGGUAUUUAUUCUACAGAGAUGUACACUCAAAGAGUACAAAACAUUUUGGCCAGCCACAAUCCCAAGAAGCCUAUAUUUCUUUAUAUUGCUUACCAGGCUGUACACUCUCCUUUACAAGCACCAGGGAAUUAUUUAGAAAAUUAUAAGUCAAUUACAAAUGUCAACAGGCGAAGAUAUGCCGCCAUGCUGUCAUGUUUAGAUGAAGCCGUUAACAACAUUACCAUGGCAUUACAAAAAUAUGGUUUCUAUGAGAAUAGCAUCAUUAUUUAUUCUUCGGACAAUGGUGGCCAACCAAUGGCAGGAGGCAACAACUGGCCUCUCCGUGGAAGCAAAGGUACAUAUUGGGAAGGUGGUAUACGUGCUGUUGGAUUUGUCCAUAGCCCAUUUUUAAAAGUCAAAGGCCACAUCUGUAAAGAAUUAAUCCACAUAACAGACUGGUUUCCAACGCUUGUUACUUUGGCUGGUGGGGAAAUAGAUGAGGAUAUGAAACUAGAUGGCUAUGACAUAUGGGAGGCAAUUAGUGAAGGAAAACGUUCUCCAAGAAUGGACAUCUUACAUAAUAUAGAUCCUAUGUAUACCAAGGCAAGAAAUGGCUCUUGGGCUGGUGGUUUUGGCAUCUGGAAUACAGCUAUUCAAUCUGCUAUUAGAGUAAACCAGUGGAAAUUGCUAACCGGAAACCCUGGUUAUGGAGAUUGGGUACCUCCUCAAAGUUUUAACAACAUGGGACUUAAUCGUUGGCACAAUGAACGGGUGUCUCUCUCAAAUGGAAAAUCUCUGUGGCUUUUUAACAUAACAGCGGACCCAUAUGAGAGGAUUGAUUUGUCUGAAAGGUACCCAGAUGUUGUAAAGCAACUGCUUAGAAGACUUGCACAGUUCAACAAAUCUGCAGUCCCAGUGAGAUAUCCUCCAAAGGAUCCAAGAAGCAAUCCUAAACUAAAUGGAGGAGUAUGGGGUCCUUGGUACAAGGAAAAUGAGAAACAGAAAAACUCUGGCAAGAAAUCUAAAAAAAAGAAGGACAAGAAGAAUGCCAGCCAUCGGAAACAACAGUAUUCUGGUUGUCAUCCAUCCCUGUCCAAUUCAUAAAACCGAAAGCUAUUACAAGACAAUUCAUGGUCUACUAGAUCAGAAAGCAACUUUCGUGUUAUGGACUAAAUACACAGGCAGUGCAGUAUUAUAUUAUGUACUAUAUGCAGUGUGGUAUGUUCUAUUCCAUUGUUGCUCUAUGUGCAAUACACUAUUAUGAUCUUUACAAGAUUAUGGUCUUCUUGCUGUUUAGACAAUUUACAUUAAAGGGGUGGUGUCACUUCAGAAAAUAGCAUUUAUCAUGUAGAGAAAGUUAAUACAAGCCACUUAC